CGACCAAUCACAGAACAAAGAAAGAUUUCGUCCAAUCACGCUUUGCUUUAGCUAUAUCACUUCCUGGUUGAAUUUCCAUGCUUCUUGUGUGCCUUCCACAGGUUAACACGUUUUGUGCUGGCCAAGAGCAAACUAAGCCAUGGCCAAAGACAAAUCUUUUAAAUCAGACAAAAAUACACCUAAAAGGAAGAAGUUGAAUUCAGUUGGCAGUGACUUUAAUAUGGAAGAAAUGAUGGACACUAAAAUACAAAAGAAAAGGAAAAAGAUGGAAGUGGAGGAGGCUCCUGUACAGAUCACAACAGAUGAUAAAAAACAGGAAAAGAAACGAAAAAAGAAACAAAUGACAGAUCAACUGCAGAAGGCAAAGCCAAUUGAGAUUUCAGAUCCACCCUGUCACCCAGAGGGGCCACAAGGGCCGGAGGGAGAGGAGGACUUGAGCCCCGAGGAGAGGCGGGUCCUGGAAAGGAAGAUGAAGAAGAUCCUCAAAAAGGAAGAGAAGAAGAGGCUUAAAGCAGAGGGAGAACCUUUAAAAAAAACAGAAGCAUCUGCACCCACUGCACCUCAACAGGCCUUGGAUUACCUCACCUGCUGGGCUGAAAACCGCACAGAGUGGAAGUUCCAGAAGACCAGACAGACAUGGUUACUGCAGCACAUGUUUGACCUUGAAAAGAUUCCAGAUGAGAAGUUCUCAGUGCUGCUGCAGUACCUGGAGGGGCUUUGUGGUGGAGCCAGGGACACCACAGUGACAAAGGCCUUGGCCAUGGUUGAAGAGUCAGGACAAGCAGGAGAGGACAAGACUGCCCAGCAGAGGGCGCACAGAGCCAGAGAAGUUAUUCAGCUGCUCUCUUGAGCCCAGCACCAUCAAAGAAAGACGUUGAGAUGUUUGAUGAUCGGUGGACUGGAUUAUUGCCCCUGGUCUCAAGGACUAAAACUGUUUCACAUGUUGUAUAUGUAGUUUUUUGGAGUUUUCCUUUGAGAAAAAGGAUGACUUUUGACUUGAUUAUUUUUGAUCAGUAUUGGUAACAAUUUUUAAUUGCAAUGUGCCUAAGUUACUUUUUCUUCACCAUUUCUUGAUGAUAUUACCAGGCAGGAUCAAUCAGCAAGAACAUUUUAGAAAAUAUGAAAUCUUAAGUUAUUUUCUUAAAUUAUUCUGGCUGCAGUUACACUGAGCGUAUCCUGGGGACAGUAACUGAUUUUUCACACCCAUUUCCAACUCCAAAUGUAAAGAGUUCGGAUUCCUGAGUCCAGUUUUACCAUUAUGCACAGGUGAGGAGAGGAGAAAGCUGACAGACUGUCAGAGUUAAAUGUCUCUGGAAUGCUGUAGUCGAGACAUGUUUGUACCUGUCAAAGCCCAUAAUCUGUGAAGUCACUGAUGAGAAUAACUUUUCUUAUCCACUGAAGGUGGAUGAGCGUGAUAGACAUGUUUUGUUUUACAACUAACUUGUCAUUAUAAGUCCCUCCGGCCCAGGGCAGACAUAACAUUCAACAUUCAUAUUCCUUACAUGUGUGUUUGUAUUUAUCUGUUAAUUAUAAUUAAUCUUGUCUAUACCCAUUGCAGAGAUACAGUAGGAGUGGGAGUAGCUGAUAGUUCUGGCUGCAGGACCAGGGUGAGCGUAGGCCUCCUGCACUACAAAGACACAUGCUUUGACUCUUAACUUAGGUUACAGACUUUUCAGGAAGGAACCUGAGUCUCCA